AUGACUUCCUUGACCCAGCGUAGCUCCGGGCUGGUGCAGCGCCGGACAGAGGCCUCCCGCUACGCCUCCGCCGCCAAGGAGCGGGAGGCAGGAGGCGGAUCUGAGGAUGAAGGCCGCCGGGACGAGCCCGGAGACGAUGAGAAGGGCGACUCCAAGGAAACACGCCUCACCCUCAUGGAAGAGGUGCUGCUCCUGGGCCUCAAGGACCGUGAGGGUUACACAUCCUUUUGGAAUGAUUGCAUCUCUUCGGGAUUGCGUGGCUGUAUGUUAAUUGAAUUGGCAUUGCGAGGGCGUCUUCAGUUAGAGGCUUGCGGAAUGAGGCGUAAAAGUCUAUUGACAAGAAAGGUAAUUUGCAAGUCAGAUGCUCCUACAGGGGAUGUUCUGCUUGAUGAAGCUCUGAAACACAUUAAAGAGACCCAACCUCCUGAAACAGUACAAAAUUGGAUUGAACUGCUUAGUGGUGAAACAUGGAACCCAUUGAAGUUGCAUUAUCAAUUGCGAAAUGUCCGUGAACGGUUAGCGAAAAAUCUAGUAGAAAAAGGUGUACUGACCACAGAAAAACAAAACUUCCUUCUUUUUGACAUGACUACACACCCUCUCACCAACAACAAUAUCAAGCAGCGCCUCAUUAAGAAGGUUCAAGAAGCAGUUCUUGACAAAUGGGUGAACGACCCUCACCGCAUGGAGAAGCGCUUGCUAGCACUUGUUUAUUUAGCCCAUGCCUCAGAUGUUCUGGAGAACGCUUUUGCCCCCCUUCUAGAUGAGCAGUAUGAUUUAGCCACAAAGAGAGUGCGGCAGCUUCUAGAUUUAGACCCUGAGGUUGAAUGUAUGAAAGCCAACAUGAAUGAGGUUCUAUGGGCUGUUGUAGCAGCUUUCACAAAAUAACUGCAUUCAGACCAAAGUGUUCUCUCUUCUUUCAUGUAAACCCAUUGUUUCUCUUUAAUAUUAUUGACUGUUCAUGUUUUCUGUAAUUUGUCCCUUCUCACAUGAUGAAUCAACUCUUGUUUAAAAGGAAUCAUGUGGUGAAUUCCCUCCUUCUCUAGUUGUAUACAGGAUUCUGCUGGUACAAGAGACCUCCCCAUUUAAAAACAACAGAAAAAAAAAUGUACUGCCAUAUUGGCAUUCUAAUUCCUAUUCAGUUUUGAGGUAUCUGAAAUACUUCGUUUAGUGUAUUUUUCAUCUUACUGUUAUUGAAGUGGUUUAACAUGGAAAAUACCUCAAGAAGGAAAUGUGCAGGCAGUUGCAUCACUAGUCUCAGCUGACACAGAUGUGUGCAUGCAUCAGUGCUUCUGCAGUACAACUCCUAACAGAUUGAAGAAGGGCCUUUUAAAAUCACCAAAGCUUCAUGGUGAAGUAUCUGUCAGAACAUUUUAUAUACAGAUGUUGUUUCAAUUAUAUCUAACAAAAUUAACAGCAAGAAUGCCAUUAAGCAGCUUUUUCAAUAGUUCCUGUAAAAUGACCCAUAAAUUUUACUUUUCAAUAAAGUCUCUUGCAUACUUAUGUUUACAUUAAAAUGAUAUCUGAGUCAUAAGGCUAGUGUUGAAAGGUCCAGUUUUUUCAUAAACCCAUUUUGGGAUGGGAUGCAUUCCAUUAUAUUGUAUAUAUAGUUCAAAUUGUAAAUUAACAACUGCCCCAUCUUAGUAUUUUGCAAGUUUUACACCUGGUGCCCCUGAUUUGCCAUCAGCCAUUUGAUGGAAAAAAAGACCUCCUAUAAAGAGCAUGUAUGUGAAAGCUGUUUGGUUCCAGUGUCUACAUUUUGCCAUCCGGGUAUUCUAAGUCUCUGCACCGUCUUUGACAAUUACUGUAUAGAAUGAGACCACUUUCCAUCAUCAUAUCAUCAUUUGUAAUUUUUUUUCUUCUCUUCUUUUCCCCUUCUCUAUGGAAGAGGCUUGUGACCAGCA